AUGGACGUGGACGAGCAGACGCUCCACAAGGUCAAGCGGGACGCCGAAGUUGACAACUGGGAGAUCGCCCCCGAUGGAAGCUCUGCAGGUCGAAGCGGACGCCAUUUCGCGGUCGCCAACGUAGGGAAUAAUGGGAGGAUAUUUCUCAAGCCCACGGUCAGACCGGCACACGAAAGAUAUCCUCAGCCCAAGUUCACAUUCCCCGUCACCCCACCGGGGACCGCGGGGCUUGAUACUUUCAGCAACGCUCGUAGUGCUUUAGAUGUCGACAGCGACCUUCAUCAAAGCCAAUGGACGCCGACGCCUCGACCUUCCCCCGCGAUGGACGGGCCAUUGGAUAUGCCUUUGUCCAAGCCGGAUACACGCCCAAUUCGACAUCGGAGAGCGCUGUCUGACAGCACCAUCCACGAAUUCACCCCCAAUGAGUCUGAUGCCGGGGCCUUCCGGAUAGUCAUAUCCAAGCCUGGUGACCCGUCAAGGCCAAAGACCACCGAAGAGUCUAACGGUAAGGCGCUGCCCCAUCUCGAGAUCGCCAUACCCUCUUGGCGGAUUGGCACACCAAGAUUCACAGCAACCGGCACACCUCUGAUCCGGGGCUCCUCAUAUGCCCCUUCCUUCGCGCAAAGCGGCCCACAGAGUGACGAACCUCAGAGCGCGCGGGCAUCAGUCUUCGACCGCUCAUAUAGUGAUGUCAACUUCCCUCUACCGCCCCUUGGCCCCAGGAGACCAAGCACUCUGCAAAUACCACAAGCUCAAUUCUCGCGCCAAACGACACGCCGUUCAACAGGCCUCGUGCCGCCUAAGGCCUCUAACCCACUCCGUGCCACUUUCAUGUCUGCUCGAACAGUCAUCGAUGCGCCAAUGUACGAUGAGCUGACCUUCAAACCGGCAUGCGACGAUCGGACGAUUGUUCGCUACUCACCGACCUCUGGCGCCGUCACGGCUGCUACGCCACCCCGACUGGUGGCCGAGAUAACAUCGCCAAGCUUCCUCGAUUACGAGCUGAUUUCUGACUUUUUCUUGACAUAUCGCGCCUUCCUUGAACCUGACGCACUUGUCCGCAUGCUUGUCGCUCGUCUGCGCUGGGCUGCUGCGCGGAACGAUGGAACCGGCAUGAUUGUCCACGUCAGGGCGUUUGUUGCCUUGCGGCAUUGGAUAUUGAACUAUUUUAUGGGUGAUUUCGUUGUCGAUUACGAUCUUCGACGCCUGUUCUGCGAGCUGCUCAACGAACUCGUACAUGAUCUGUUACAGCAAGCCCCAACAUACCAGGUGCAGCUGAAGACACUUGACGAGCUCAAGAAAUGUUGGCGGAGAGUCUGCUCGCACUAUUGGGAUGGGCCCGAGUUCGAUGAUGGAGCUGCGAUAGACUCCCCUAUACUACCUGGUGGUGUGGCCGGGCACCGGGACUCCUCACUUGAUCCCACCUUUUGGGAGCAGCGUUACACAGCGCCGCCCCAGUCUACGAGGCUCAUGCCUGUUUCAGAGAAUGCAGCGUCGGAUUUUCGGCCUGAGUUGUCUAGGCCUGGACACAUUGGGGACUCGAUUGUCAUUGCGAGGCGUCCAACGACACCCGAGAACGCGCAGAGCACCACGCACGAUCGCGACUUUGGACCCUGGUCGCCUCAGAGCCUGGCUAGUCUCGACAUAAUCUCCUGCUCCUUUCCGAACAAGUUCACCCGUGGUCCCCAACCACAUGUGAAUCACAGUCUGGGGGCCCAUCCUGUGUCGACGAGCUCCGUGUAUGACCAAAGCGGUCCUGUGGCUACUACACCCAGAGCGCUGGUAGGGAAAAGGGUCCGGCCGAAUCACCAGCAGCAUCAGCGCAGCAACAGCCUUCCAGAAUCGCCUGCGGACAACGAGCCUUCCCAUUUCACCUACAAAGACCAUGACUUCACCAUGGCUACUUCACACGCCGGCAGUCUUGUGCGUGGCGACAUGAUGCCCCCCGGCAAGGCGUUUGUCGAGGUAGCUCGCUGGGACUCUGGGCGGCACACCACUAUCUUUGAGCACGAAGACUUUGAUGAACGCUUGCUUAUGCCUGACGCCCAAGCUGACGCCAUGUCCAGUCGAGGAAUGAAGAGGCUGCUCGGAAGUGUGCGUAGGGCUCUCAGUACUCGCGCGCCUGGCAAUGGCAUCUCGCCAGAUCAUCUCCCAAUCAGGGCUGCGACCGCCAGCGCUACUAAUCGCCUCCCUGGUACAGCCAUUGUCCCCCAGAAGCCAAUCAGCCGAGAUGGCGCCAGGCCGCCGGUGCGGAUCGACCUCCUCGGGGCUGAAGUAGCCCAAGACUUCAAGAGAGCGGUCAGGGAAGAUGCUGCUGCGGAAGCCGAGAAUCGUGAUCAUCGAAUGGGACCGACCUUAGAGGAGGAAGAAGAGGAGGAGGAAGGGGAGGACAAGCCCAUUUAUCUAGGGUACUCUCCAGGUGACCUGGAAACCGGGCCACCCCAAAACCCACAGCAGCAACCACCACAUCAGCUACCAAGGGAGUCUGUUUUGUCCUGUGGCAGUCAGUCGAUCCUUAUUGUGGAUGACACCGUUUCGGCAACUGGUCGCUCGGAUAAUUACACGACGAUUCCGCCGUCUGAAAGAUCUAUCGAAGACUUUGGUGACACACUCAUGCCAAAGAUGUCCAACAUCACGCCUCCGAUCACGCCUCCUGCUGGCCAGAGCGACAUGGCGCGGCGUUCCUCACAUGUCGUCAACCACAACAUGCGGACUGCCAUGGCGCCAGAUGUGCCGCUGCCUGCUGUGCCGGACUCUAGUUUGAUGAAAGACCCUUCUUCUACUCCCGGAUCGGAAGAAGGAUGCUAUCAGCCACCGAGCACUGUCAGGGCACGCAGCCAUCGACUUCCACCUCUCAGCGGGGGAAUGAGUAAGAUUCACCGUCGGGAUCAGUCGAGUAAAACCCACCAGUCACUCAACUCUGUCCUGCACCACCGCAACGGAUCCCUCAGCAGCGACAUCAUACCCACUUCGCACAUUCGUAGCUUUGACGCCACCAGCUAUACACGAUACUCAGUUGACGAAGAUGAAGAAGAGCCGGAUGUUCCCGUGCCGAAGCCUUUGCGCAUGCUUCGCAGACGACCAGGGGGCGACCUACGAGCUGCAACCAACGUGGAUGACUUGGACAAGCGUAUGCUCAGGCGGUCAAGGUCACUUGGUUCAAUCACGGCCCUGUCUGAGUCGUUUUGUGGUUCCAUUGGCAACCGCAACAGACCUAGGUCAGCCGAACGAGUGGGGUCCGUCAAGAGCAGCGAGUAUCCCAUCCGAACGCAGGUCUUCUCUGUUGGGCAGCUAGCAGACAACCCGAGAAAACGACAGGUCUCGCUCUGCAGUACGCGCUCCUCGAAGCCGCCAAUGCGAUCUUCGUUUGAGGCGGACGCCAAGAAACUCGCUGAAAUCCCAGACGAUGAAGACGAUGGCGGUGUUGAGUCUGCCCUGGCAAAGCUAGAGGGUAAAUUCGAGAAGCGGCUUACCCCACCGAAGCUGUCCAUGGAUCUCUCAGAUCGCGACGAUGCGCUGUCUGAGACCAGCAGUGUUGACUUUAGCGAAACAUGGACCGACAUCCACCGUCAAGCAUCCACGGCUGAGGAAGAACAGUCGGGGACGCCACCACCAGGUCUCCGGCCCAGGAAUCGACGCUUGGACUUGCCUGCUGCGGCUGCAGAGGUGAACCGUCAGUCGUUCUUGUCAGAUGCCACCAGGGAAUCAUAUCUGUCUGUCCCACUUCUAGAUCGUGGUCUGACGGACGACGACGGGCAGAGUGAGCGCACAACACGGAACUGGACGGAUCGCUCUAUAUUGCAAGACGAAGACGACGCCUCCCCGUUGGCCAUAGUCGCCUCACCCGAUGGCUCUCACUUAUCAUUUGAAUUUAUUCAGCAGACAGAGGCCGCAAUGGAGAGUAAGACAGCCCUUUCACUUCCUCCCCGCAACAGCACGGGAGAUGAGACGUUCCUCGACAGCGAUCUCUCUUCAGAAAUCUCAGAGGAAUAUACACCAAAGAAACAGCCGGGCCUUCACCAUGCGUCUUCACCGACGAGAGGGUUUCCAGCGCACCCGCUGGGGGAAAGGAACAUAGCUACUCAAGGAGGUUUAUCUUCACCGAGCAAUACUGGCGACGGCAGCAUGGAAGAACCGCCACAUGACAAUGGCAGCCGCGCAUCAGCACAGCGAGAUCUGACUCUGAAGCCAUUGCCUCCGACUCCAGAUGCUACCCCGGGCAUUGCGAUGGGACCAAGGUCACCGUUCGAUCAGAUCGGCACGGAUCACCCUCCAUUCGACGCAUCGGGACAGGAGGCUGAUGCUUGCCGGAAGUACUCUGUUCACUUGCCGUUCAUCUUAGCCUUCGAUUCGGACACUUUGGCGCAGCAAUUCACGCUGAUCGAAAAGGAUGCGCUUAACGAAAUUGACUGGAAGGAGCUCGUGGACAUGGACUGGAAAAACGCUGCAAAUGACAACCCCAGCUCCUGGGUUGAGUUUCUCCGCAACACGGAUGCCCAGGGCGUUCAGGUUGUCAUUGCCCGGUUCAACCUCAUGGUCAAGUGGGCGGUCUCUGAGAUUGUCCUGACUCAACACAUUGAGGAGCGAGCCCGUUGUCUAAUCAAGUAUAUCCAUAUCGCUGCGCAUUGCCGCCGGUAUCGCAACUUUGCGACUCUUGCACAGCUGACGAUCGCGCUGUCAAGCAACGAAGUCUCCCGCCUGGCUCGGACAUGGGAGCUCGUGCCCCCUUCCGAUCUCCAGACUCUGAAGGAUUUGGAAGCUCUGGUCACGCCCACACGCAACUUCUUUGACCUCCGCGCCGAGAUGGAGUCGGGCCCCAACAUUGGGUGCAUCCCGUUUGUGGUGAUCUAUACGCGAGAUUUGAUCUACAAUGCUCAGAGGCCAUCGGAAAUUGCCAGUUCGCCUACCACGCCCCCUCUCGUGAACUUUGAGCGAUGCCGUAUCAGCGCCGGAGUCGUCAAGACUCUGCUGCGACUGCUCGAGGCAAGCACCUACUACGACUUCCAUCCAAUCGAGGGCGUCACCGAGAGAUGUCUCUGGAUCGGCGCCUUGACAGAAGAAGAAAUCAGGCGACACUCCGGCAACCUGGAAUAA